GUCAUUUGCAGCCGUCAUAUGAUGUUCAGCCCAAACAGCUAACGUUAGCUAAAGAUGGAGGGCACAAAUAAUAUGGAUGAUCUUGAUGCACGUCUUCAGAUACUCGAGAAACGUGUCUACGGUGACAGAGGAUGUAAACCGAACAAAACAGUCAAGUGUGUAGAUUCCCUUGCCAAAGUAAAUACUGCUCUUGCAAAUACGGCGAACAAGAGGGAACGUGUCAAGAUUCUUCACAAAAAAAUUGAAGAUCUACUGAAGUAUCUGGAUCCACAGUUCACUGAUUACAUAGCUGUACCAGAUGCCAUGAAAUUGGAGUUUAUACUAGCAGAGGAGGAUUUCUUGCGUUCCCAAGCAUCUAUGCUUGAACAGGUCCAUAAUCUGCAGCCUCAUCUGGACAGCAACCACAUCAAAGCUGUCCCAGAACUCACCACAAAACUACAGCGUCUAUCACAGCUCCAUAUUAAACAUCAGGACCAGAAUGACGAACUGUCCGGAGAAGUAAAGAGGUUGUUUGAGGAGUACAACAAGAUGAUGUUUCUUCUGUCCAAACAGUUUGCCCAGUGGGAUGAGACCCUUCGGAAGCUUGAAGGACCCAAACCUGGGCCAAAAUUGGAGUAGCCCCUGAUUCCAGAAUAUAUCACAUCAUUGUCGUGGUGUAUUUAAAGCAGCAUUGAAGCAGUACCACAAAACAUUAUUUGACUGGCUAUGCUAUUUUGCUUAGUGGUUUUGAACAUUAUUUUGUACAAAAGCAAACGCUAUCUGUUUGUAUUUAAGAACAGAUUGAGCAGUUAUGUUGAGAUAUUUAAUGAAAUGUACUUUUCCACUUCUAGUUUGGUUUGUCAUUUUUCCCCAUUUUAAUUGCGCAUGGUAGGUUUUAGUGGGGAUAUGUCUUAAAAGGCGUCUAGAAUAUUCCACUGAGAUUCUAAAUGGUUAUCUUAUGUUGUCUUGCUGGGAAGCAAAGUCCCUGCUACGCCUCAUACACGUUGCUGAUAAAUGCUUUCAGCUUCACUUAUUUCUGGUAUGGAUAAAUACCAAUAAAAAAACUGAAAAUUA